ACCACAGUCAAAGCUUAAUUUUACCCACAAAAUCCUUGUCUCAACUUUUGAAUUUGGCUAUAAAUAUUCAUUUUUAAUUUCAUAUCUCUCAAAGUAUUUCCCUUCAUUCUAAGUCUGUGUGACCACUGUAGAGUGCAGAGAGGUUAGAAUGAAAUCAUCCAUGGGGAUGGGGUGGUUGUUUCCUGUGUUGCUGCUCUUUCAUUUUUCAUUCUCACAUUCCUUGUGUGACCCCCAUGACAACCUUGCAUUGCUUCACUUCAAGGCCUCCUUAACCAUUAAUAAUUAUGCUUAUAACUGCCAUGAGGUUUAUCCAACCAUUGGAACAUGGGAAAAUGGAACAGAUUGCUGCUCUUGGUCUGGAGUGACCUGUCACCCCAUUUCUGGUCAUGUCAUUGCCUUAGACCUUCCAUGCGCUGGGCUUCAAGGUCAAAUCACUGCAAACAGUACCCUUUUCAGUCUUUCUCAUAUGCAAUCACUCAACCUUGCUUUCAACGACUUCUUCACCUCUCAGAUUCCAUCCACCAUAGGUGAGCUUGUGAGCCUCACACACCUCAACUUGUCUUCUUCAAACUUUCAAGGUGAAAUUCCUUCCCAAAUCUCACAUCUUUCCAAAUUACAAUCACUUGAUCUCUCUCAACAUGGUUAUUAUGAGUUUGGGUUAAAAUGGGAAGAAGGCACAUGGAAGAGGAUGCUCCAAAAUGCAACCCAUUUAAGGAUGCUAGUUUUGGAUGGGAGAGAUUUGUCAUCAACUUCAAUGAGCUCACUCAAUUUGUCUUCCUCUUUGAUCACUUUAAGUCUUAGAGGAACCGGGAUAAAGGGAAAGUUGACAGAUGACAUUCUUUGUCUGCCAAAUCUGCAAAACCUAUAUCUAUCAUAUAAUACUGAUCUUCAUGGCCAACUUCCGGACCUGAGUUGUACUUCAGCUUCUCUCAAUGUCUUAGAAAUAUCUAAUUGUGAACUCUAUGGGCCAAUCCCUCCUUCUUUCUCUAACCUCACACAUCUUACUUUAUUGGACCUCUCACACAACUACAUCGACGGUUCAAUUCCACCCUCUCUCUUAACCCUUCCACGUCUAAAUAUUCUGCUUCUCUCUUAUAAUCAUCUCAGUGGUCAAAUACCGAAUGUAUUUCAUCAGUCAAACAAAUUUGAAGAAUUAGAUUUGAGUGGUAACAAUAUCAAAGGUGAGCUGCCAUCAACAAUUUCAAAUCUUCAACACCUCAUUUACUUCGAUAUAUCGCGUAACAAAUUAGAGGGACCUCUGCCCAACAAAAUAACUGGGUUUUCAAAUCUAACUACGUUAUAUUUGACUCACAACUUGCUAAAUGGUACAAUUCCUUCUUGGUGUUUCUCUUUGCCAUCGUUGAAAGAAUUAGGUCUAUCUUAUAAUCAGUUCACGGGGCGUAUACCUGCAAUCUCCUCAUAUUCCUUACAGAGUCUAAUUCUGCAUGGCAACAAGCUGCAGGGCAAUAUUUCAGAAUCAAUUUUCAACCUUGUCAACCUUACUGCCUUAUAUCUGUCAUCGAACAACUUCAGUGGUUCUCUCAAUUUUUCUCUCUUCUCCAAGUUCCAAAAUCUACAAAUUCUUAACCUUUCAAAUUUAAGUCAAUUAUCACUAAACUUUGAAUCAAACGUCAAUUAUAGUUUCUCCAGCUUGCAGGUCUUGGACUUGUCUUCCAUGGGUUUAACUGAAUUUCCAAAAUUAUCAAGAAAAACCCCAGUUCUACAAUCUCUCCUUUUGUCCGACAACAAGUUGAAUGGAAAAGUGCCGAAUUGGUUGCAUGAAAUGGAUUCUUUGAGACAUGUAAGACUAGACCGAAACUUUUUGACAACACGAGUGGACCAAUUCUCUAGGAACCAGCAACUCCUAUAUCUUGAUCUAAGUUUCAAUUUACUUACUGCUGGUAUCCCUUCGUCAAUUUGUAAUGCAAGUUCACUUCAGAUUCUCGUGUUGUCCAACAACAAGUUGACAGGCACCAUUCCACAAUGCCUUGUGAGUUUACCGUUCCUUUCCGUCUUGAGUCUAGAAAGCAACAGACUUGAUGGAACUUUACCAAAUACGUUUUCAAACAACAAUCUCAAUAUUCUGAAUCUCAAUGACAACCGAUUGGAAGGUCUUUUGCCAGAAUCAUUUUCCAACUGCAUGCAAUUGGAGUUUUUAAAUCUUGCCAACAAUCAACUGGAAGAUACAUUUCCCCAUUGGCUUCAAACUCUACCAUUUUUGAAAGUAUUGAUUUUGCGGGAUAAUAAAUUGCACGGUCCUAUUUCCAUAUUCAAGACCAAGUAUGGAUUUCCUAGUUUAAAUGUUUUUGAUAUCUCAUCCAACAACUUCUGCGGCCCAAUUCCAGAACACUACAUACAAAGUUUUGAAUUCAUGAAGAAUGUUGUUCAACACGAUGCGGUUGGCAUUUCACAGCGAUACAUUGAAAUCCAACUUUUUAUUACUGAACCAUUUUAUACAGUACAACAAUACAUGGAAUGGUCCAUCUCUUUUGGAAUAUUUUAUUCACCUACGACUGUAACAACAAAGGGCACGAGUAUGCAAUUCAAAAAAAUUCCAACAAACUUUGUGAUCAUGGAUUUAUCAGAAAACAAAUUUGAAGGAGAGAUUCCAAAAGUAAUUGGAGAGCUUCAAGCACUCACAGGACUUAACCUCUCCCACAACAGACUGAGUGGUCCUAUUCCCCAAUCCAUGGGAAAUUUGACAAUGUUGGAAUCUUUGGAUCUAUCUUCAAAUAUGCUCACUGGUAGAAUUCCUACAGAAUUGGUGGAUAUGAAGUUUCUUGAAGUACUUAAUCUUUCCUAUAAUCAUCUUGAGGGAGAAAUACCCAAAGGAAAGCAGUUUGAUUCUUUUUCGAAUGAUUCCUAUAAGGAAAACUUGGGCUUAUGUGGAGAUCCAUUGUCAAUGAAAUGCAACCAGAAGCAUGAUCAGCAUGAUCAGCAUCAUCCAUAUUCACAAAGCUUGCAGAGAGAAGAGAGAUUUGGAUUUGGUUGGAAAGCAGUGGCUAUAGGAUAUGGUUGUGGAACAGUAUUUGGAGUGGGGAUUGGAAGUUUUAUGUUUUUCAUGGGAAAGCCAAAAUGGCUUGUGAGAAUGUUUGGGGGUUAACUUUAUUAGAUGCUCAAAAUGAACGGUGUGAGGAGGACUCAGAUCAGCUCACACGCAAAUGUGUUAUGUUGUUUUCUUUUCUCAUGUCUUAAUUAUGGUAAAUUUGUAAGAGUGUUUCAAAGU